CUGGCUGAGCUCUCAGGCCAUCAUGGCGUCUCCCAGUGGGAAGGAAGCCCGGGCGCCGGAGGCUCCUGGCUGCGGGCCCCGGCCACUCACCCGGGACCUGGAGGACUCCGUGGACGACGCGGAGGGGCUGUACGUGGCGGUCGAGCGCUGUCCGCUGUGCAACACCACCCGCCGACGGCUGACCUGCGCCAAGUGCGUCCAGAACGGCGAUUUCGUUUACUUCGACGGCCGCGACCGGGAGAGGUUUAUUGACAAGAAGGAAAGGUUAAACCGACUUAAGAUCAAGCAAGAAGAAUUUCAAAAAGAAGUGUUAAAAGCGAUGGAAGGAAAAUGGAUAACAGAUCAGUUGAGAUGGAAAAUAAUGUCCUGCAAGAUGAGGAUUGAACAACUGAAACAAACAAUAUGUAAAGGAAAUGAGGAAAUGAAGAAAAACUCUGAAGGUCUUCUCAAAACCAAGGAAAAGAAUCAGAAGCUUUACAGUCGAGCACAACGGCACCAAGAGAAAAAGGAGAAGAUUCAGAGGCACAACCGCAAACUUGGUGACCUGGUAGAAAAAAAAAACAUUGACUUAAAAAGUCAUUAUGAGCGUCUGGCAGAACUUCGGCGAUCCCAUAUAUUGGAGCUCACCUCUGUCAUUUUCCCAAUUGAGGAAGUAAAAACUGGUGUGAGAGAUCCCGCAGAUGUGUCUUCAGAGAGUGACAGUGCCAUGACCUCCAGCACCGUGAGCAAGCUCGCCGAAGCCCGGAGGACAACUUACCUUUCAGGACGAUGGGUCUGUGACGAUCACAAUGGAGAUACCAGCAUUAGCAUUACAGGGCCUUGGAUUAGCCUCCCUAAUAACGGGGACUACUCUGCCUACUACAACUGGGUGGAAGAGAAGAAAACGACGCAGGGGCCUGACAUGGAGCAUAAUAACCCUGCUUACACAAUAAGUGCUGCAUUGUGCUAUGCGACUCAGCUGGUCAACAUUCUGUCUCAUAUACUUGAUGUAAAUCUUCCCAAAAAGCUGUGCAACAGUGAAUUUUGUGGGGAAAAUCUCAGCAAACAGAAAUUUACUCGAGCUGUGAAGAAAUUGAAUGCAAAUAUCCUUUACCUUUGUUUCUCUCAGCACGUAAAUUUAGAUCAAUUACAACCACUGCAUACCCUCAGGAAUCUAAUGUACCUGGUCAGUCCGAACUCUGAACACCUAGGCAGGUCAGGACCCUUUGAAGUGCGAGCAGACCUUGAGGAGUCCAUGGAAUUUGUGGAUCCUGGAGUUGCUGCUGGAGAAUCAGAUGAGAGUGGAGACGAGCACAUAAGUGAUGAGGAAACCGACUUAGGGACGGACUGGGAGAACCUGCCAAGCCCCCGGUUUUGUGAUAUCCCUUCCCAGCCUGUGGAAGUCUCCCAGAGCCAGAGCACCCAGGUGUCUCCACCCAUCGCAAGCAGCAGUGCAGGUGGGAUGAUCUCCUCCGCUGCAGCCUCCGUGACCUCCUGGUUUAAAGCUUACACUGGACACCGUUAAUGAGCGUGGACCAAAACAUGUCAAGUUUGCAUCAGGAAAGUUCUCCCACUACAUUCUGGUAAACCUUAUCUGUUCAGUUAAGAUAG